UUAUUUACCCCUGGUGUGAGGAUCAUCUACACAGAACUUCCUUAGCAGAGAACAUCCCUCUGUAUCCAGCUGCGAUGGGGUGCCACUCUAGCAAGAACAUCCAGGUGGCGAGUGAGUCCCAGGAGCCUGGAGAACAGCCAGAGGGUGAAGAACCCAGUCUGGAGGUGAGCUCAGAGACAAGAGAUGGUAAAGAUGCCUCAGUGAAGGAUGGAGCUUCUGAGUGCAAGAGCUGAGAGUUUUCUCUCUUCUAAUGGACCCUCACAUCGUUCCUGAAAUGCUCAGAGUGAGGGAAGAAGAGUCUUUGGGAUUCAGACUGCAGAAACACAUUCAGGCUUUGCUCAUUGGAACUGUGAGGAAAAUAAUGACCCUUCUUUUCCCUAGUUCUU